AAGUAGCUUUGCAACUUGAAAAUUUCCAAAAACUUAUUUCUCAAUUAAUCACCAUGAAUAAACCUACUGAAACUAAUGUAACCAAUAUAAAUGUUCAACCUACUAUAACUCUCCAAAGGGGCAGAAGCAAAGAGAAGAUUAAUGUAACAAGUGAAACACCUACUAACAUUGAUUCUGAAACCAAUAAUUCCAGCACUUCUAAUUCUAAUGGAAAUAAUGUAAAUUCUACAAAUACUCGACCUCUUAUGACGCUUCGAAGAGGCAGGAGCAGAGGAAUGAAUAAUGUAACAAGCGAAGCUCCUACCAACAUCAAUUCUGAAACAAAUAUUGCCGGCGUUUCUAAUUCUAACGGAACCAAUGUAGAUACUACAAAUAUUCAACCUACUACAACCCUUCGAAGGGGCGGGAGAAAAGGAAAGAUUAAUGUAACAAAUGAAACACCUGCCAACAUCAAUUCUGAAGCUACAUCAAAUGCAAAUCUUUCAACUGGUCAUAGUGUCAAGAGAAAAGUUGGAGAUAUCCCCAGUGAUAGUGAUAAUGAAAAAAAGGUUCAAACAUCUAGGAGGAAGAAGGCCAAGGGAAUCACUAAUGUAAUAGCCGAAGGCUCAUCAACUGGAAGAAAUGCAGUUGAUAAUGGAGAAGGUUCAUCGACUUCUUCUAACUCUAAUAGAACCAAUGUAGAUACUACAAAUACUCAACCUACUAUAACCCUUCGAAGGGGCAGGAGCAAAGGAAAGAUUAAUGUAACAAGCGAAACACCUACCAACAUCAAUUCUGAAACAAAUAAUGCCACCACUUCUAAUUCUAACGGAACCAAUGUAGAUGCUACAAAUAUUCAACCUAUUGUAACUCUUCGAAGGGGUAGGAGUAAAGGAAAGAUUAAU